AUGACGGUCAACCUUGGGAACUCCACCAAUUUGUAGACAUACAUCGAAAACACCUAGGAUACUGCCAGAUGCUGCCUGGCAAUCAUGAUGUGUUUGUACACGUUGUUGGCAUGUUUGGAAAUGGGACAGUCACUGGUCUCCAUAGAGAACACGCACCUCUUUGCUACCUACGUCCUCGCACCUCACUCCAGCUGCCCUGCUAUCCAGACAUCAAGCAAAAUCAAUCCUUGAGCAAUCUAUCUAUAUAUACCAAAUCCGGACGUUGCAAGUUCAAAUCCCACCUCCUCCGUCAUGUCAGGACCUACGCCUCCUCGAGCAGAGGAUGGUGUAUUCACAAUGACUGCGUCUGCCACUAUUGACGCACCUGUAGAGAAAGUGUGGAACGUCCUGCUUGAUUUUCCAUCUUACCCCGAAUGGAACCCAUUCGUACGAAGCCAGGUGGUAGUGGACGCUGCCAACAAACCGCUCGAUGACCAGACCCCCAAGUUAGGGUCAACUCUCAUCCUGACCGUUAACAUUCCCCCUGGAAAGGAUGGGGAGUCUCAUCCGCAGAAAUCUCACGAGAUUGUGACGUUGGUUGAUCACGAGAACCAUCGCGUAGCCUGGCGCUACGCCUCUCUUCCCAACUGGUUACUGAACGCCGAGAGAUGGCAAUCAAUCAGUCUGUCUGACGAUGGGAAAGCAAAGUAUGACACAGUUGAAGUCUUUGGAGGUCCUGUUGCGUAUCUUGUCAAGUGGAUCACUGGCAAGGACUUGAAGAAGUCAUUCGAUGCCUUUGCAGAUGCUCUGAAGAAGAGGUCAGAGGAGAGAUAACCAUAUAUAUAUACAUACAUUCAGAGUUGCCGCUCUUGAAGUCACAGGGGAUUGCCAACAAACGCAUGUUACAUGUCAGUCAUUAUACAGUAUAUUGCAGAACACUACUACCUUUUCUGCAAGUCCCCGGUCUAGCAAUCAUAUUAUAUAUUAACCCGCCCUAGUUGAGACCUUCCUCGUCCUCCUCCUCAAUAGAUUCUAGUGACGACC